AUGGGCGUGGAAUAUGAGAGCCACCGAAAGACCCGAUUUCGUCGGUUGCCGAUUUGUCUGUUGGUCAUCUGCCUGGUCGUCUCACCCAUUGCCCUCAUCCUCCUGUCCAUCUCUUUUGCUACCGAGUACUGGCUUGUAAUAACAGUUGACCGGAACCAAUUAACUCGCUACCAGCUUCACAUCACUUCCGACCUGACGGACAUCGAACUGAGCCGAAUUGCACAUAGCCGAGCUGUUGGUAUCUUCUGGGAAUGCUAUUACACGAACGCAACAAAAUUUUUGGAAAAGGCUCCAGGAAGUCGAAAUCGAUGUUUUCAAGUUACUUACCAUGUUCCUGAACACAAGAAAGACCGCGCGUUCAGUUUCCAAUAUUGGCAGCGGCUACAACUCAAACGAACGCAUCUGGCUUCAAUGGCGAUGGCUUUGAUUUCCUGCUUUGUUGGUUUCGUCCUGGGCAUCUUAAUGUGGAAUUGCAACAGUUAUCGAUUAGCCAUCACUGCCAGUUUCUUUAUGGUCAUCACGGGUUUCCUGAUUUCUCUUGGAAUGGCCGUGUUCCAUGCAGUUGAAUUCAUUGAGACAAAUACAAUUAAAGAUCCCGAUGAACGACUCUUUCGAAAAUACUGGCCUCUGUACAUCAAACAUGCGUCUGUGAGGUCGUAUGGUUGGUCCUACAUGCUGGGCUGGACAUCCAUGGCUCUUUCGGCCAUUCCAGCUACCCUCUAUGGUCUUAUCGCUUUCCAUCUGAAAGGAGACGAAUAUCAUGACAUUUCCGGGGAUCGAACUACACUCUCCGAGUAUAUGGGCAGCGUCUCGACUAUCUCUCGCCCCAUCUUCUCCAGAAAACUGUCGAAGUACCACCACCCGUGA